GAGGAAAAUAAAUAAAUUGGGUACGCUUAAAAAACUGGAGACCUUGAAUCUAUGUGACUUAGGUCUCACAAAUAUCUCCAUACCUGCUUCCCAGAACCUCUUUCCAAGUCUUCAGUGUCUAAUGAUCUCAAGUAACAAUAUUUCAAAGUGGAAUGAUAUUUCUGAACUUGAAAAACUUCCAAAGCUGGAGGAAUUGAAAUUCACUAAUAAUCCUGUGCAAGAUAAUCUCUCUGUCGAGACUGUAUACUACAAGGUUGUCUGCAGGAUUGGAACUCUUAAGGUGCUGAACCGUAAAAUUGUUACCAGAGAAGAAAGGAGGAGUGCAGAACUAGAGUAUUUGAAGGAAUGUGGCAGAGAAUGGCUUGAAGUAUCAAACGAUGAAGCCCUCAAGACAAAGUUUGUCGCUACGCAUCCAAGAUAUCCCAUUAUUGUUAAAAAAUAUGGAGCAGCAGAAGAAUCUGAGUUAAAGAAGACAAACCAGUCCGUAGCCUCUUCACUGGUGCGGGUCACAUUGCAAGGGCCAGACAAAGCGGUCACCAUGUCAUUGCCCAAAACCAUGCAGAUCAAGAAUUUGUUGCCUUUGGUGGCGAAAAUGUUUUAAUACUGGGGGUGCUGU